AUGCUCUCGAAAGCAGCUAAUAGACUCCAGCCGGUGAAAUCGGUGACUAUUCCGAAGAAUAAAUUUCGCUUGGAUUUGAACAAUGAAGACGGCUUGCAAAAGUGGCCUGAAUACAUCGUCCCAAACGCCAAUAAACUCGUGCACCCGUUCUACCGGACUCCAAACCCAACAGAACGCACAAUUCUAUGCAUAGACGAGAAGUCUCCCCAGCUUUUCAACGGACAUGCGGUCCUACCGGCGUUCAUGAAAGACCCAAUAACUCGUGAACUCACGCUGGUAGAGUCCAAGAUAAGCUUCGGCACAGUGAAGGACGUUUCCAAGUGGGUCAAUAAGAUUUAUAGACAAUCCCAGACUAAUGAUCAAAACAAGGUGUUGAUAUUCGAAGAUAUUCCUGCGAACACCGUGAGAGAAUCGAGGUUGGAUACCAAAUCGCCAUUGGUGGUUGAACUCGACAGGUUCCUCGAUUCGCACCCAGAGAUUUCUAUUGAAUCGCUCGACAGCGAACUAAGUAGAAUGUUCAUCUUCAAAAAAGCCCGCCAAGUCGUGUACCUCGACGAAGUGUUGCUCCACAUCUUGCAAAGAGAUACCUUGACGUCGUCCCAAUGGAACUCGGUCUUAAAAGUUUUGCCCAAGUAUGCGGGCAAGGAAAUCGACGACACAUCAAUGAUCACAAUGCUAAUAGCUGAGUGGGUGCUUGUGGGCCGCAAACUGUUUGGUGAUGAAACUGUAUGCAACAGUUCUGAGAUGCUUUGGCAAGAGAUUCAACAAAUAAGCGAAUCUUUGAACAAGGACAUUUGCAACAAAUUCACUAUAAAAGAGCUAAACGUCUUGCUUGAUCUUUUCCUAGACGCACAAAACCUGGAACUUUCUCGCGCUAUGCUCGACAAGUUGGCACUUCGCCACAACGCGAUGCCGUCGUUGCCCUUGGCCGAAAAGUACAUGACAUUUAUCGAUGCUUCGCUAGACACACAAGUUGAUAGAAAGACAAAGCUGUACUACAUGCAUAUACUUGCACCAGUGUUCUCAUCCCACCUCACAAGUACCAUGGCAACGAUACUACUCCCAUACUGUGUCCACCAAGCGGAAGUGUUCGCCCUGUUCGACCUAGCCCUAAAAUCGAAGUACGCUGAAGAAAUCUUGCCAAUUAUAACGACUCAAUUCAUCCUACGGUUAAGCCAACUCAAGGAAUCACAGAUCGACAACAGUCUCAACAUAUCUACACUAUACAAUAGGCUCAAGAUCCACUAUAACAAUGCUGGGAAAAUUCCCCAGAGCUCUGUGUUCGCGUUGGUGGUAGCACUUGUAGCCAAUUCCAACUUCAGGGCCAUUAUUACACUACUGCAAGAGCAGACCAUCGAAGACAUAUCGAAAGCCAUAGAACUAGUGGAGAAACAAUCCGUCGUGCUAGACACGUUCGGGUUCAGAGAAGCUGAUAAAAACGAUCUGCUAAGCUACUUGCAAAACUCAUGUCAAUAG